AUGUCAGCUAAUGCAGGAAAGAACAGUGAAGAACGAAUGGAUGUGACUGAGGCCAAACAAGAACCAGUUGAAGAUGUGAAAAUGGAGGAUGGAGACCAUGCAGAGGAUGAAAUGGAAGCUGAGGAAGGAGGUAAUCUUUUGUAGGU